UCGGCACUGUAAACAUCGAAACGUGAAAUGACAGCCGGAAAGCUACAGGUGUUAUCAUGCUGAUCUCCUCUCGUUUAUUCCGUUAGACCAGAAGGAUGAUACGUAUGGGAGUCUCUCUAACUUGUUUCGUGUACUGUUUGUCAAAUUCAUAGAAAAUGGAUCCUAAACAAAGUGUCAAACUUGGUCAAAAGAAACUGACAGCUGACGGGAAACCUAAAAAGACGAAAAAGAAACGUAAAAACCGAAAACACUCAGGAAAAUCGGAAGUGAAAGACAGCGAUCCAAGUCCAGAAAACGGACUUGAAGUUGAAGGUGUACAUAUUCUUAACCAUACUACUCUUGGAGCAGACUCCGACACAUCACUGCUUACAUCCCGUAAAAAGAAAUCGCUUCCAAAAAUUCCUUCUGACGACAGGGACCUGCCAUCGCCAGUAACCAGGAAAGGUGCUAAACAUUCAAACCUCAACUCCACCAUCAAGGACCCUUUGCCAAGGGCAAGAUCCGAACCCCAUAAUUCUGGUGUCCUUGACAUAACAAACAGGAUAUCCACAGUGACAAUAAAGACAAAAAGUAAAGGCGAGAAAUGUUCUAGGACUAAAGGCCACUUGGGAUCAAACCGGGCCAAAAGUUCAAAGAAAAUCGAACAAAAUUUUGUUUCUGUUUCAACGACGAUCAACAAAAUGCCGUCGCCUCAGCCAUUCAAUGAAAGUUUACGCUGGGAGGAUAUACUGGAUGAUCCUGAGGCAGAGCGUGAGAGGAUAAAAAUAUAUAAGAUAAACCGGAGGAAGAGAUACCUUGCUGCAGCCCAAGCUAAGGGUUUGGGCUGGGUGUCGGACUAUGGUAUGAAUGGGUCGCCACUGUCAGAGGAUUCUGGCAUCGACUCUUUACGAGACUCUCGUCUUUUAACUGAUUUUAGUACACUACGGGCACUGCGUCCAAGCCAGAGUCACUCAGCGCUAACUGAAACAGGGCUUAUAGAGUACUAGGCUAUUAAUGUAUAUACUGGUGUAAUUGCAUCCCUGAUUUAUGAUCUUGUGUAUCAUGUCUCCAUUAUAUUUGGAUAAAUACCCAUUCACCAACACAGCUUCAUUUUGGGUCUUGUUUGAAUGACGUGGAAGCUAUAAAUAGCUGUCCAAUCAAAUUACACUGAAAUUGUGGCGACGUCACCAGUGCUUGAAAUGAUUUGUUGUGUACCAUCUCUACAACUGGGAACGCCUUAUAGCAUGAAGACUUCCCUGCCUUGUCUUAAUACUCAGGGGGGGAACGGGUGGCCCAGUUGUCUAAGGCGCCACGAUUUGCUGUGCAGAGUAGCGUCCCUUGGGUACGCCAGAAACCUAUGAUUGUGGGUUUGAAUCCCGGUUC